CGGUUGCGCUGCGGGCCGGCCGGCUUCCUCUGCGGAGCCCCGCUGCUGCUGGGCGCCAUGAGCGGACGGCAGAGAACGCUCUUCCAGACGUGGGGCUCGAGCCUCUUACGAGGCGCCGGCGCUCCGGGCUGCGGCCGGGCGCCCUCGCCUGCAGUGGCGGAGGCGCUGCCGGAGGAGGAGGACGACGACGACGAGGUGCUGCUGCUGGCGGCGUGUGAGGCGGAGCGGAGGCUCGAUCCCGCGGACGGCGGCUUCUGCGCGGCCGCGGGCGCCCUGUGGAUCUACCCCACCAAUUGCCCGGUGCGCGACUACCAGCUGCACAUCUCCAGGACCGCGCUGUUCUGCAACACCCUGGUGUGCCUGCCCACCGGGCUGGGGAAGACCUUUAUUGCCGCCGUGGUCAUGUAUAAUUUCUACCGCUGGUUCCCUUCCGGCAAGGUGGUCUUCAUGGCACCUACGAAACCCCUGGUGACGCAGCAGAUGGAAGCCUGCUUUCACGUGAUGGGCAUUCCGCAGUCCGACAUGGCUGAAAUGACAGGUUCAACUCAAGCCCUCAACAGGAAGGAGAUAUGGUGCAGCAAGAGGGUCCUUUUUCUUACACCUCAGGUCAUGGUGAAUGACCUGACUAGAGGGGCUUGUCCUGCUGUCCAUGUAAAGUGUCUCGUGAUUGACGAAGCUCAUAAGGCUCUUGGGAACUACGCCUACUGCCAGGUUGUAAGGGAACUGGUCAAAUACACAAAUCAUUUUCGAGUCUUGGCUCUUAGUGCCACACCGGGUAGUGAUAUCCAGGCUGUUCAGCAGGUAAUUACUAACCUGCUGAUUGGGAAGAUAGAGCUUCGCUCAGAGGAUUCUCCGGAUAUUUUGCCUUAUUCUCAUGAAAGACGAGUUGAGAAGCUCGUUGUUCCCCUUGGGGAAGAACUUGGAGCCAUCCAAAAGACGUACAUCCAGAUUUUGGAAGCAUUUGCCAGUUCUUUGAUUCAUAGAAAUGUUUUGAUGAAAAGAGAUAUUCCCAAUCUAACAAAAUACCAGAUAAUUUUGGCAAGAGAUCAAUUUAGGAAAAACCCAUCCCCAAAUAUUGUGGGAAUUCAGCAAGGCAUAAUUGAGGGAGAGUUUGCCAUCUGUAUUAGUUUAUAUCAUGGUUAUGAGUUACUGCAGCAAAUGGGAAUGCGAUCAUUAUAUUUCUUCCUUUCUGGAAUCAUGGAUGGAACCAAAGGAAUGACACGGGCAAAAAACGAGCUCAGCCGAAAUGAGGACUUCAUGAAGCUCUACACUCACCUGGAGAAUGUGUUUGCUCAUGUGCGAGAUCCCUCAGCAGCCAGCAAUGCUGAGACUUUCCAGAAAGGAAAUAAAGAAAAAAAAUUCUUCUAUAGUCAUCCAAAGUUAAAGAAACUAGAAGAAGUUAUAAUUGAACAUUUCAAGUCAUGGAAUGCUAAAAACACCACUGAAAACAAACACCAUGAGACCAGAGUUAUGAUCUUCUCAUCAUUUCGAGAUAGUGUUGAGGAAAUUGCAGAAAUGCUCUUACAGCAUCAACCCGUUAUUAGAGUGAUGACGUUUGUUGGCCAUGCUUCAGGGAAAAACACAAAAGGUUUUACACAGAAGGAACAACUAGAGGUGGUAAGACAGUUCCGUGACGGUGGCUAUAACACGCUGGUUUCCACCUGUGUUGGAGAAGAAGGCUUGGACAUAGGGGAAGUCGAUCUUAUAAUAUGCUUCGAUGCCCAGAAGAGCCCGAUUCGCCUCAUACAGCGCAUGGGUAGGACUGGCCGCAGACGGCAAGGCAGGAUUGUCGUUAUCCUUGCUCAGGGACGGGAAGAGCGUACAUAUAAUCAGAGUCAGUCAAACAAAAGAAAUAUUUAUAAAGCAAUUUCAGGCAACAGACAGGUGCUUCGUUUUUACCAAGGAAGUCCACGAAUGAUUCCUGAUGAAAUCAAUCCCGAAUUACACAAGAUGUUCAUCACACAUGGUGUCUAUGAAAGCGAGAAGUCCCGGAAUAUACAGCAGAAGUUGUUUUCCUCAAGGGGUGGAAUGAAGGCUAGAAAUUCAAAUAAAGAUGGACUCCUAUCAGAAGAGGAAUUUAACCUGUGGAAUAGACUCUAUAGGUUAGGAGACAGUGACACCGUUAAAGGAGUGGUGUUGCCUCAGUCUCGCUUCCUGUCUUUACAGGAGGGCGCAGCGACUCAAGAAGCAGCUACUGGGAUCCAUCAGCUCUCUCUCUCUGAAUGGAGUCUGUGGCAGGAUCACCCACUCUCCACCUACCAAGUGGACCACUCAGACCGGUGCCACCAUUUUAUAAGCAUUAUGCAGAUGAUUGAAGGAAUGAAGCACGAAGAGGAUGAAUGCAGCUAUGAAUUGAAAAUUAAACCUUUUCUACAAAUGGAGGAUGUCAUCCCAACAUAUACUCCAAGGAAUGGAUAUAAAAAUCCAGUCAGUGGCACAAGGAUCACUCGAAAGAAAUCUUCAUUUAGACAGAGUAUCAAUGUAGGAAGUUCCUCCUCGGUACUGGAGUCUGAUGAAGGGUCUGAGAUUGCUAAACAGAUGGAUUCAGAGUGCACUGAAAUUACUUCUCCAAGAGAAGAAGCUUCUGGAGCAAUGGGAAAAGACCAGACUAGUAAACAAAACGAUGAUGGUGUAGAAUCUUUAGACACUGACAGAGACUGUCCUGCAGAAGCAGCUCCUGGGCUCGCCCCACCCAAGGAUGAAAGGAUGUUGGAGGCGGGCGUAGAUGGAAUCACCAUCAUGGGUGCUGAAGAUGAUGGCCCUCCAGCAGCAUUACUAACACACUGUCAGGUUACGAAUAAAUCACUUGCCAGUUACUCGUUAGAGUCUGGUUAUAGUAGUUUCAGCGAUGAGAAAUCUAUUUUAUCAAAUUUAUGUCUUCCAUUGGAAGAAGACCUGUACAUAGAUGGAGCGGCUGAAGAGGUUUAUAAUUGUCGUCCCAUGACAGGAGAGGUACUAGCUAAUGUGGAGAGAUUUUUGUCCCAUUCUCCCCCAUCUCUCAGCGAACUCUCAGACUUGGAAUAUGAAGUUACUCAGGGUUUUGAACUUGACCAUGCGUCCUGCUCACCUUACUCAGAGCAUGGAAACAGUCAUAAACCUGCUUUGCUGAUGUCACACUCAUCUGUGAAUUCUCCACAAAAUUUAGAAUUGAAUUCAGCUAAACAUAUUGGUCGUUCUUCUGAAAAAUAUUGUCUCUUUGGUACAACUGAUGAAGAGAUUUCUGAUCAGCCCUCCUUCAUUGAGUCUGAUAAUAAGGCCCAUAAUUAUAUUAAAAAUAAAAAUUUAGCAUCUGAAAGCUAUGGUCAAAUACAAGUCAACCAUGAAAAUAAUUUAGUUGGCAAAAAUAGCCAUGAUGACAGUGAACCUCCAGUACUAUUCUCUGAUGAGGAUGAGAGUUUACUGUUAUUUGAAGAUGGUAUUGAGGAGUUAAAUGGUGGGGACCCUCCUCUCUCGCACAGUAAUAGUCAGCCCCUGUGUGUGUCAGAGAAGACUCUCACAACUGAACUGCCUCCAGUGUCUCACUUCAUCAUUUCUGAUGAACUUUUGUCAGAUGGUGAUUCUGAACCUGAACAUCAAAUCACCUGUGAUGCCAAGAGCUGGCAGUCUCACAAAGGCUUGAGAGAUAAGCGUGAAGAGCUAAAGAACGAGGGACACACUUUCGACUGCUCUGGGGAUUUAUUUUCUGUUACCUUCGACUUGGGGUUUUGUAGUUCAGAUUCUGAGGAUGAGAGGAGUAGCACACGGGGAGCAGCUGGUCUGCCUGGAAGGCACUCUGGCCCCCAGGUAAAGGAUUCCCCUGAUGUUUCAGACUCCCCCGGUGCAGCCAGAUCACCAAGCCCAACUGGAGAAGCGCAGUCUUCCCAUUCUGCAGAGAAUGAGGAGCCUACGUCUUACCGUCUUGCCCCGUGCUUGCCCUUGAAGGACAGAGUUAUGAGUACGCCACUUUCCAAAUCAAACAUGCUGAACCCACAUUCUAAGACACGGGCAGACGUGCUGAAGACACCAGAUUCCACCGAGGAAAAAGCACACGUACAGGGGUUCAAAGUGACAUUGAAUCCAAGAUUUGACGAUUUAGAUGAGACCAAAAGCAGUGAUCAGAUCUUUCUGCGCCAGUCCCCUCAACGCACUCCAGUUGAACAUGUAACUAGUGAGAGUGAAGAUGAUGUUUUCCUGAGAAAAACAAAAAAACCAAAAGGAAAUGUCCUGAAGUCCCCUGAGGAUCAGAAAAACAGCGAAGUUGAUUCACCUAUUCAUGCUGUUAAAAAGUCAAGGGUUCUUAGGCCAGAAUUCUCAUCUAGUGAUGAGAGUGAAGAUUUUCACAGACCAUGUCCACGAUUGAAAGAUGUCAAGGAUCCUAACAGUAACAGAAAAGGCUCCAAAGUCCAAAAGAAACGAAAUCAUGUAAAGACAAUAGCUUGGAAGUUUUUAGAUGAUGAAGCAGAAGUUUCUGAAGAGGAUGCAGCCUGCGUCUCAUCAGAUGAGGAUGAGAGGUCCGAGAACGAGCAGGAUUCCUCACUACUCGACUUUCUAAAUGACCAGACCCAGCUUUCACAGGCUGUAAAUGAUUCUGAAAUGAGAGCUAUUUACAUGGAAUCUGUACGCAGUCCAUUGAUGAAUAAUAAGUAUAAAAUGGUCCGUGAGAAACAUAACAACAUGAACAUUUUUUCACAGAUUCCUGAGCAAGAUGAAAACUAUUUAGAGGACAGUUUUUGCGUUGAUGAAGAGGAGUCUUGCAAAAGUCAAUCAAGUGAAGAAGAAAUUUGUGUUGAUUUCAACUUAACAAAAGAUUCCUUUACAGAUGAGAACAUAAGGUACAAAACCCGAUAUGCAGUAAAGCUCAAACAAAUGAGCACAAAACAAAACUGCAUACGGCCAAAGAGGAAAUUAUCUAGAAUUAUCCUUCCAGACAAUGAUUCAAGUGAGGAGGACAACACUGUGAAUGACAGAGAAGGCUCUGGUCUUGAUGGCAGGACUACUGACAAGCACAAACAGCAGAGCCGGCAUUGCGGUUUAGGGCCUUCCGGGUCUUCACUGCAGCCUAGGGUCCUUUCCAAUCCAACAGUGAGCCGGUCACCCAAGCUGGGACAGCAGGGGGUACCGGACGUAAUGGAUACCACUCCUGAAGUGUUGGACCUCAAGGCUCAGAGCCAUAAUAGAAUCAAAUCUACUUCCCCGCCAUCUACUAGGGUUGAGUCAAGGAAGGAGUGUGGGGAACAUCCAAUUCAGUUGAAGGUCGAUGAUCAUGAGGAGAGUGGCGUCCCGGCAGCACCCUCUUCUCACUCACUGCUGCCCGUGUCUGAGGGCCACCCAGCCCCUACACGUCCACAGGAAGGCAGUAGAGCUUGCAUUCUUGUAGACAGUCGUGAAAUCGCUUCCGGUUUAGAAGUAAUUUCUUCGCUAAGAACAGUUCACGGGUUACAAGUAGAGGUUUGUCCUCUCAACGGCUGUGAUUACAUCGUAAGUAGCCGCAUGGUUGUGGAAAGGAAGUCUCAGUCUGAAAUGUUGAAUAACAGCGGCAAGAACAAGUUCAUCGAGCAGAUCCAGCGCCUGCAGAGCAUGUUUCAGAGAAUAUGUGUCAUUGUGGAAAAAGACAGACAAAAAGCAGGAGACACAUCAAGAAUGUUUAGAAGAACGAAGUGCUAUGACAGUCUUCUGACCACCUUAGUUGGCGCUGGAAUCCGAAUCCUCUUCAGCUCUGGACAAGAAGAAACUGCAGAUUUACUAAAGGAGCUAUCACUGGUAGAACAAAGAAAGAAUGUUGGUAUUCAUACUCCUGCAGUGCUAACUAAUAGUAAAUGUGAGGCGCUUCAGUUCUACUUAAGUAUUCCCAGUGUGAGUUACAUAACUGCCCUAAAUAUGUGUCACCAGUUCUCAUCAGUGAAAAAGAUGGCUAACAGUUCACCUAAAGAAAUCUCUACGUGUGCACAAGUAACUCAUCAAAAGGCUGAGGAGAUCUAUAGAUAUAUUCAUUAUGUAUUUGACAUGCACAUGUUGCCAAGUGAUCUUAACCAGGAUAGAAUGAAAUCAGAUACAUGCUCAGCACUCAAAGAAUGACUAUGAAAGAACUCUCACAACAUUAAAUGUACUUCAAGAAUCAUUGUACUUUUGUGAUUACCAGUGUAAAAUAUGUGAAUAUUUCAUCUCUUAAAGAUAUCUUUAUAUUGUAUAUAUUUUUAUUUAUAGACCAUAUAAUUUAUUGUUUUUAAAAGGAGAAAAUGCCUCCAUAAGAUCUGCUGUAAGUAGUUACUGAUGGAGAGGGCUGAGCCCAUUGUGUGUAGUGCCACUGUGUGGCCUUGGGUUCUAUAAGAAAGCAGGCUGAGCAAGUCAUGGGAAACAAGCCAGGAAGCAGCACCCCUCCAUGCCCUCUGCAUCAAUUCCUGCCUCCAUAUUCCAGCCCUGCUUGAGUUUCUGUCGUGAUGAACUUCCUUCAAUGAUGGACCAUGAUCUGGAAGUGUAAGCCAAAUAAACCCUUUCCUCCCCCAACUUGAUUUUUGGACAUGGUGUUUCCCAGCAGUAGAAACCCUAAGACAGUCCCCAGUACCCAUGUAAAAGCAGGAUACAGUGGUGCACACCUGGAACCACAGUCCUUAGGACUUCAGAGCCUGGAAGACCUCAGGAGCUUGCUAACCAGUGUGUCAGAAUUGGGGAGCUCCAGGUUCAAUGGAAAACUGUCUAAAAAUAAGAUGAAGAGUGAUAGAUAAAAAUACCCCAAGCCAGUCUCUGGCAACCACACACAUGUGUACACAUCUACAUACAUACACAGAAUGGAUGAGUAUGCUGACUGAUGAUAUGCACCUAAAAGACCAAUACCUUGUAAGCCAAGGCACUAGGCACAAGUUUGAGGCUAGCCUCAGCUACAAACAAAAGCACAUUUAUUUUUGGAAUUUUUCCAAGAAUAAGUACUAUGAUCUAUAACUGGUAAGCAUGACUGUUAAGAAGUAUUUAUAAAUAAGUUGUGCUGUAUAUGAAUUGUAAUAUUUAAUAUCUUAAGUGUAGAACCUGAAGAGAUGGCUGAGGUGAAGGACACACAAUAUCUUGCAGACCCAGCACCCCUAUCAGGUGGCGUACAACUGCCUGACACUGUAAGACCUGGGGUCUCACAGCUCAGGAGUUCAAGAUCACACCCUUCCCAGAAACUCCCCCAGACCAAGACUCAUUGCAAAAGCAAGAGGUUUAUUAACCAUUGCGCAAUGGGGUCACCCCUGCGGUCAGCAAAGAGUGGCACCAGGAGACAAAGGCCUUUAGGUUUUUAAAAGAAAAAUUGCAGGAGAUUUGAAGUUGCAGUCUUGGCAAUUUAGGAUUGGAUGAGGAAGCUAUAAAGUAAGAUAAUUGGUUAGUCUUAGGUGCUCAAGCUUGGCCAGUCCUGCCAAGUGUGGAUGCAGCUGCAAUUGAAGGUGGGGGUGGUUAGCUCAUCCUUGAAGAUUAGGGGCUGCAGACUUUUGGCUGGAGGUCAAAAGCUACUCAGAAGAAGUCUAGGUUUGUUGCUAAGAAAUGCUAUCUCAAAGACAGGAGUUUUUCUUUUUGCUGAGUGAAGGACAUUGCUUGCUUGCCUUUUUUUCUAUCUGUCCUCAUAGAUAGGGUCACAUUUUUCCAUUCUCUGGAAAGGUACUAAGAGGCUUUAGCUUAACCUGAACCUAAAACUCAAAACUAUAGGCUUUAGAAGACAUACAGGUUACAAAGUUAGUCUAACCCUUUCAACACCAGCUUCAGUGUAUCAGUAUCUCUGGCCUCCUUAGGCAGUGCACUGACAUUGUACACACACACACAUACAUAUACAUACACAAACAUUAAAAUAGAUGAUAAAGGUGUUAAAUCUCAAUAAUACUGAGUAAAAUUUGGGGAAGUUGCGAGACAAA